AUGUGGUGGGAAUGGGGGGCGCUGAGUGGUUGGGCGGGCCAGGCGCUAAUCAACGGGCCAGACGCAGGUGGUGUGGUGACAGCGAGCGAAGCAGUGCAGAAGAAAAGGGCAACAGUCUGUCUGCGAGGUUCUGUUGCUUGCAGUAUGGCUACGUCUAGAGCGCUUUGGGGAGGGCGCGUGCCGUCACCUACACCAGAACCGUGA